AUCUCUAACCCAGCUUGGGGGCGAACCCCCAUUGCGGGGCCCUUGCCCGUCCACCCAACGAGCAAGUGCAUUGUCCUCUUCCUUGUCUGCCUCAUCGAAACAUCCAAACCAUCACACGACGCGACAGCUGCUGGCCGUCGUGUAUCUUCCUGCGGCGUGGUGCGCGAUCGUUACGUCAGAGAGAGUCGUACUGCUGUGAAUUCGGUGAAGGUUUUGACACCACGACCGACGGAGGCCGAUGGUCCAGCCCAAUGGCGAGGGUAUGGUGAUGAUCCGAGACGAAAUCGACAGCGGUGGCGGCUCCCUGCUUAGCGAGAUCGGGAAGCAACCGCAGCUGCAACGACGCAUCAGCAAAAUCAGCAGCAGCAGCAGCAGCACAACCAGCGACAUGGAUUCUCACAGCCUGCUGUCGGGCCAUGAUAGCCUGGGAUCGAUGCUGAGUGACUCGGGCUCGGUCUCCAGCAGUGGCGGCGGUACCAGGGGAAGCUUCACAUCCGUCGAUGCCGAAGGCAGCAACAGCUCUGGCACCAACAAGCGCUCCCUCAGCGAUGAAGAACAGCUCCGACUGGUUGAACAAGAACAGUCACAUGGCCAACAGCUGAGGAAGGCUUGUGACCUGUGUACGAAGAGGAAGCGCAAGUGCAAUGGCAAACACCCAUGCUCCCAGUGCACUGAGACGGGUGUACCAAAUCAGUGUGUCUACAGCCCGAGGUUAAAGAGCGGCAGGAAAAAGAAGUUCCGCAUCGACGGCGUGCUGUACGAGGAGGGCACAUACGGCGGCGAGCUUGCCCGCGCGAACCCGGGCGGGGUGCGGCGCAACGUCGACCCUUCGGCGGGGAGGUUCUCUGCCUCUGGAGCCGUCGGCCUCGCGGGGCACGUCGAGAACUUCUUCCUGGCUACCUACCUCCGAGACUUCAACCGCCUGGUCCCCCUCACCACAGAGAGCAGCGUGACGGAGGGGAUGCUGGAGGUGCUGUCCCCGGCCGUGUCUUCCAGGGGCCUGGCGACGGCGAACCCGAUCAAGCAGCCGGAGACCCGGCGGCAGGCCAGGCUUGCGGUGUUCUGGGGGGUGGUGGCGAUGGGGUCGCGGAUCUUGGGCGCGGCUGACGAGUCCACGGUGCGGUAUCUCGGGCUCAUGAGGAGCGCGCUCCGAGAGUGCUUCGACUGCAAUGACAAGGAGGUCGUGCAGGCGUACCUCCUCCUGUCCACCGUCGAGACGAUGCGCGGCAACGAGGCGGCGGGAAAGCGGUACCUGGACCACGCCCACACGAUGCACAACGGCAACGCCAUAGGCCCCGAGGGGAAGCUCUUGAGGGACCGGUCGGAGCAGGACGUGUCGCUGGACCUGGUGUUCCAGAUGUACGACCAGCCGGACGGUGCCGUGAGCGGGUUCAACCGGUCGGGGGCGGUGGGGGACUGGCGCCGGAAUCAGAACGCAACGAAAGGCUCGCCGACUUCGCCGGAACAGACACAUAGCGGCGGUGGUUCGGAUUCCGGAAAGCCGACGUCGGCGGUGGACCAGAUGAUCGCGCAGGCGGUGUCGCCGCCGUCGGAGUGCCAGAGCUCCCCGCUGAAGGCCCUCAAGUACCUGAGCACGGUGUGCGGACUGUCCUCGGAGGUGUUCGACCCUACCAACAAGUGUGUCACUGUCAAGCAGUAUCUCGCGGAGAUGGACUCGGCGCUCAAGGGUGCCCACUCGUUGUUCGUGGCGACCGACCUGAGCGAGUGCAUCACGGGGGUGGUGAUCGUCAAGAUUUUUGGCGGGGUGACGAUGCUGAUGAGGUCGUGGGGCCAGCUGGAGGACAGGGAUAUCGGCCUCGCGCAGGUGGAGGAGGGCGUCGGCUACGCGCUCACACGCCCUGGUCUCUUCACCUUCCCGAUGUGGUGGCACGCCUUGCAUUGCGCCGCGAUAUGCCUGGCUCACUUCGGGCGCAACGACACCUACAUGCGCCUGAGGGCUACGUUCAACAAGACCACCUUCCCGGGUACCGAGAUGCCGUCGAUCGAGGACUACAGCCCAGCGUCCGUUUGCCCGCAGCUGGGCGGGAACUGCUCGAAGCUGGCGUACUGGCUGCAGGUGCGAGGGACUAUGUGUGCGGACCUGGAGUGGAAGCCGCAGUUUUCGAGGAGCCGGCUGUCGGACGCCAGCGAGAACGCGGCGUACGCGGCGGCCCUGGAGCGGAGAUACUCGUGCGGCAAGCACAAGAAGCGCAGCGGGGCGGCGUGGUGCGGGGAGAGGUGGGGGGCGGCAGAGGCACCCAAGCACCCGGUGCCAAACCCAGUAGAUCAGGUUAGCGCUUCGGACAUUGUGGAAGGCGGCAGCCAGCUACGGGCGGCGCUGAACGCGGGCCUCGCGGAGAUUGGAACGCCCUUCAACGACCUUGGCGGGCUCGACAUCCUGGAGGGCUCGGGCGCGGACCUCGACCUCGGUCUCGGUCUCGGCUCGGAAUUCGACCUCUCACAGCUGGAAUCGCCGGAGCAGGUCGUGGAGGCUAGCGGCGAAGCGGAAGCGAGUCUUUCGGCGGCGGCGGCGGCGGCGGCGGCGACGGGGUCCCCGGCCGUCGGUGCCACCGACGUUCCGGCGGCAGGAAGCGGCGGGGGGCCGCCGCCUCCGACGCCGCCCGGGNCGCCCGGGGCGGGUGGAGCGGCGGCCGUAAACUCGAUGCAGAUACCGGCGGGGCUUGUCGCAGGGAGGAGUGGGAGUAGUGAUGUCGCUGGCAGCCGAGGAGCUGGUGCGGGCGCACCCGUCAUCAUCGGCGGUGGUGAGAUUUCCAGGGGUCCGUCGUUUGGAAUCUCGGGGCCGGCCGCGGUGUCGUCGAUUUUUGGGCCGGCGGGGGCGUCGUCGGGCGGCGCUCUCUCUCGGCAGUCCUCUCUUGACAUCAACACUAUAAUGCAGAUGGUCACGUCCGACGAGCAGCUGAGGAAGAAUGAGGGCGGCACGCCAGACGCCAUCGACCACGCGCUGGAGUACGGAGAAGGGCCCGCCAAAGAAAUGUUUGGCAUUGAUUUGGCGAUGACAGAGUAGAGUAGCGCUGGGGGACGACAUCCGUGGUCAGAAGUGAGAUUGUGGCAAGCCUCCGUUGCCGGUAGUUGGUCCGUUAGUGGCAGGAGGUAUCUAUUUUCAUUUCUUGUCUGGUGCGCACAGAUUCGACUCCUCCCCUUGUGGAGUGUUUUUGAUUGUAAUUUUGUGCUUUCAUCAAUCUUCGGUUUGCUUGUAGCGUGCGACGGCGGGAGGUUGGCUAUCGCCUGUCGCCGCAUGGAUACGCGAGUCCGUUUCCCGUUUUCAUGUGUGUUCAGAGUACCUUGCUGCAUUCACGCCAGCGCUCGACAGAUGGCCUGAUGUCAGAAGCGAAUUCGGGUUUUGUUUUACGUGCGACCGUACGAGGAGCGGUGAAUUACGGAGGGUAGAUUUCUUCUUCGUUAAGAGUACUUGUGUAGUCUAUGGGCGUUUUAUUUCCGUACUUACAAGGAUUUUGUGUUGGGUUUGUCUCUUUCAGUGAUAGAUGGCUGCGAACGGGCGAGGUUUCGGGCGCUAGCGUCAGAGGAUGAUGAUCGUCUCGCUCGGAGCGCAGCUCUUUUUCUUGUCAAGAUGUAGCGUGUACCUCUUGGAAGGUACAAAGGUACAGUAGGAGUAGUUGUGUUGCCCGUGUCGAUCGUGAGCGGACGAGGCCGAACUUGGGGGAAAGCCAGGGCCGAGCAGACAGGGCAGGCGUACCGCUUGGUUGUAAAUAGCGCAUGAUCCGGUUGAUUUCGUCUGUGAAGCGCCGGCUAGCACCACUGCUUUGUGAAAAACUCAGAGUAAGCAUAUUGCAUGAGAAGGCAGCGAUAGUGAUGCACGUAAAUCAGAUGAACGUAGGGCCGGGCCCCUUUUUCCAGUGUAGGCUCUUAACUCGUACCGCUUUGUUGCCUGUCGAGUGCACCGAGUGUUACAUUUGUCGUUUUACUGUCUUGGUCUGGGAUACAUUCGUAUGUUGUGCUGGAAAAUGUUACAGAAUAAUGGCUGUAGUGAUGAAGCGCGUUAACAUAGCACCACCGCGUCUGGCUUUGCACGAACAGCAUGCGGGUCGGAAUAGAAGCUGCGCCAUAUCGAGCCCAUUCACCGCUGGGGUAGAAAUAAUCCGACCUGCUGUGUAUUUUGUUUUGCACGCCAAGCGUGUCAAUAGUGCUUCUGGUGGUGCUCCUCCUCCGCUCCCACGGG